AUGGAGUUCUCAAGAAGUGGAAUUCUUAAGACACUUAAUACCUAUUCUACCCCAUAUAGAAGAAAUUUGCCUUCAUUUAUGCCUUCUAGAACCCAUAUUGCUCAGACAAAGAGAAAAAAAAAUCUCGACAUGUCCACGAUCAGCCAGGUCGAUAGCUCCAUAGCCUACCUGUCUCACCUCGGAAAUUUGUCUAUCGUGAGAGUCAUUCGAUCCAACUUUGCGCCUUUCAGCCUCGGAGCUCCAUAUGCAGUUCGGCAGGGGAAGGAAGAAAGAGACAUCUUCGUAUCUCCGUCGUACAAGCCCUCCAACACCCCCAUCACAACGAACUCUUUGACCACUGAGUCGGGAGAUAUCGGCCUGGCGCGGGCUAGCAAAGAACGGGUGAACCCCCUUCUCGGAUCCCAUAGCUGGCUGGAUGACCUGGAGGGCUCGCUCGCUUCUCAAGAUCCCCCAAGACAACCCUGUCCUGCCAACUGCGAACUCAGCCAAGGGAUAGGUAUGGAUUAUGGGUAUGUAAGCAGCCUGUCAGGUUCCUGGCUGGGCGAGCUGGAUGGAUGGAUGGAUGAAGAGAGAGAGAGAGUGACGAAUCAUGAUGGAUAUCCAUCAGUUCACCGCUGGAAGGCUGCAUAUGGCUGGACCGUCACCAACAUGCACAGUACAUACAAACAACUUGUACUUGUUGUUUCUCCAGGGAUCGGGUGGACGAGGCCAGUCAGCGUCGAUGAGACCUUGCUCCAGCGCUGUGCAGCUUGGCAGGCAACGCCGUGCAUGAAGAGCGAGGUGGAUGAAAUGCGAAGUUAUCGUGGAGCAGCCAAUUCGCAAGAGCAAGACAGGCGGAGGCGAAAGUCCAUCGGCAUCAGCCGUGGUGGCCCUGGCACAGCUGUUGGAUCGCAAUCUCGUUGUCGAUAG